AUGAACUUCAAGAGGAACCUCUGGAUGUCUAAGUGGACUUCAGGGUUCACCAAGAACAACAUCUCAUCUCAGUCACUCAGCAGUAAAGUGCUGAAGAGACAGGUUGGAAGGGAAGGGGUAUUCAUAUUAGACGGAUAAUGUGAAAACCCAUUUCUUUUCUCUGCUAUUCACCCCGUCUCACUCAUCACCAGCUCCCAGCUCCCAGCUCCCAGCUCACCAUGGCUGCUUUCGGAGGACGUAUAACCGGCGGCUUGAGCAUGAGCUCGCUCGCCCGGCAUGGACUCUCAACCACAUCGACCUCAGUUCGGCCAUUAGGCUUCACACCAGCUACCCAACUGCGUCACAGGAGGAAUAGUCCAGCCUCAUCAUCAGUCGUCCCUUCAACACGACGAACCUUUGUCAACGAAGCCGUCACCACCGUCGAGCAGCUUCUCCUCGCCGCCCAAACCAACCUGCACAUCCCCUGGUACAUCCUCAUCCCGGGCUUCGGCGCCACCAUCAGCCUGAUCUUCCGCGUUCCCGCCGCCAAGUACACCCAGCGGCUCGCUCAGCGCCGGUCCCUGCUCAAGCCCGUUCUGAUGGCCUGGGGCCGGCGGCAUUUCCAGGACGUCAACAUCGCGAAGCAGGCCGAUCCCGUCCGGAACGACUGGGAGCCGCAAGUCGAGAUCAUGAAGCGGAUGGAGAAGACGAGCAAGAGGUUACUGAAGGAGUGGGGCGUGCAACCAUGGAAGCAGUUCGUUCCGUUUCUGGCUUUUCCCGGUUGGCUGGUCGGUAUAGAGGCUUUGAGGAGGUUGUGCAGCGGACCGGUCGGUUUGUUGGGUAUGUUUUUGGGGCUUAGUAAGGAUGGGAAGGCGGCGGCGGAGGCGACCUCGAAGGCGGCGGAGGUGGCACAAGGGACGACAGAGACGGUAGUAUCAAAGGCAGCGGAAACCACACAACAAGCAGUGUCGCAAGUAACCGAAGCAACCACUACCGCCGUUGCCAACGCCGCCCAAACCAUCACGGAAGCAACCACCGCCUCCGCAACCACCCCCAUCGCCGACACCAUCAACCCCCUGACCGACAUCCUCCCCGACUCCCUCUCCAACUAUUUCCAAAACCCCCUCCCCACUUCCCUGGAAGGCUGCCUCUGGUUCCCCGACCUCAUGGCCGCCGACCCUCUGCACAUCCUCCCCUUCGUUCUCUCCUUCACCAUGUUCGUCAACGUGAUGCCGCGCAACCGGGAAGGCUGGCUUCGUCUCCUGAACCCAGGGACGGACGAGCUCAACCCAAACAACAUUGGCGAGCACGCAUCCAAGAUCAAGCUCCAAAAGUCCGUAGGACUGCGGAUGCAGAGGGCGCUGUUGCUGCUGACGCUGAUCGUCGGGCCCGCGACCAUCAACCUGCCGGCGGCGCUGCAUCUGUACUGGAUCACGACGAGUCUGACGAGCAACGCGAUCACGAGCGUGGUGGCGGCCAAGAUGCCGUUGCCGCCGUACCUGGGUCCGGCGAAGGGGAGGGGGGAUGAUCCGUAUGUGAGGCCGAAGCUGCCGGGGUUGGAUUGGGAGCCGGAUCCCACGAUCAAGAAGAAGGCGGUCUUGCGGCCCAGGUCAGGGGAUGAAGUAUAACGGAUUCUGUACUGCAUGUAUAUAUGUAGACAUAUGAGAGAUAAGAUACCUAUGGAUGGAUGAUGGAUAAACUGGCUCUGAAGAGG